AUGAAGUGCAUCUAUAAGGAAUUUAUGAGGAAGAAGGAGGAUUUGAAAGUGGAAUAUACACAAGAUAUGAGAAUUCGAUUCAUUGAAUCUGGAAUGAUGAUUUUGGCUGAAGAAAACCAACAACUCAGAGAACUCAUAUCAACCAAUUCUGAUCGGAAACGGCGGAAGAAAAAAAUAGGAAAAAGAGUAAUGAAAGUUCGAAAGUCGGAAGAAAGCUCAGACUACAGUUCCUCGAAGAAGUUUAAAAGUUUACUGAAAAAUCUGGAUAGUUCCGAAACUUCUGAAGAUGACCAACGGGUGGUUUUUCAGUACGCCCAUCAUCCAUACAAAACUCUCCCGGAUGUUUUACAAAACCUAAACAAAUCCGAUUGCUUGAAAUAUUGCAGUUCUUCUGAAGAUGAAGACAAGAAUGCUUCUACCAGGAUUUCUUAUUCAACUAUCCAACUAGAACGAUAUCCAAAAUUUAGAAAUACGAAAUCAACAGAUGUGACAUUUAACGACUUGCAAGGGAUAUGCAACUCCUACAAGUCAGUUGGGUCUGCAACGAAAGGCGGAAAAUCUCGAGAAAAGAGAAGUCGUUCGUAUGGAAUCGAAUCUCGGAAGGAGGAACAAUGUAUGAUCGAUACUCUAACAUUAGGAGAAUGCUUGCUACAGAGCGGACUGCCGGCUGAUGACGUCAUAUGCUGUACAUUAUGCCGACUUUUGAUACCUACCACAUCACGAGAAGAAUUUUUUAUGAGACCGUGUAGCUGUAGGGACGUUUUUGUUCACUCUAAAUGUUCCCAUCUGUACCGAUACCAGAUGGUUCGACAGAAGUGCUCUAGUUGUGAAGAAUUGUUUACUGCCCGGGUUCCAGCGAGCACCAAUCUACCGAAAUCGAAUGCAGGUACUUCUAGAAUACCUGUUGAAUACGAAAGCGAAUGCUAUUUAUGCUUCGGAACGAGAACAGUUCGUGAUGGUCGAAACGAAGAACUAGACUCCAAGAUCGUCAAAGCAUGCCGUUGUCCAGUAACUGCCCAUAACGAGUGUUUGGUGCAAUUUGCAUUGUCUACCCGAAAAUGUGACUAUUGUCACUACAGAUUCCAAAUAGCCACUGUAGGACCUCAGAUAGGAUACUUUAACAGAAAAACAGCCCCGAUUUACGGUCUCCAGGUUGCAUCGAUUGUUUUCCUGGGAAUAACUUUGAUAUUAUGGAGCUCCAAUUGGGUGGUGAUCCCAAAUCAUACUCUUAAUGUGACAGUGAAAAACGUUUUUGUUGCUCUGAUCCUAAUUACGACCACUUAUCUUUUGAUAUCAGUUAUACGUACUUGGACAAGAAAAAGCUACGAAAUAGAUAAGGACACUUCUGCUCUCGUCAGGCCCUAUAAAACUGUUAAUCGUAUUGGAGACGGUAGUAACAGUGGAGCAAGCAAGAUGAUUGAAAAAUACGAGGAACUUCCUCUAGAAGAAAUGAUGGCGAGCUAUGCGAGAUCUAAUGUGUGA